GCAACAUUGGGAAUUUUCUCUGGAGCAUCAGGGCUCAAGAGGCAAAGCAUCAUCAUCAAACGAGGUUCGGACGGGGCAACAGCAGGCAAGUUCACUCACGCACACUUCUUGUUGGUUAACCCCAUGGCAGCUAGGUCCCUCUCCAAAGCUGUCGCCCAGGAAGCAACAGAGGGGGCGGUGCUCAAAGCAGGACGUGCAGUCACAGGCAUCGACAACGAAGAAGAGUCAUCGGGUGGCGGCUCGUUUGCGAACGACCUCAUCGACGGCAUGGCGGAAGCCGUGGUAUUGGCAGCUGCGUGGUUCACGGUGCGCAUGAUCUGCCAAGUGAGCUACAAGGCGAUCAAGUCCUACCGGGAGGGGAAGCGUGAGGGGAACCCCAACAACCCGCAGGUCACAGGAAAAGAAGAGGGACAAGCUUCUUUCGUUCCUGCGUACGGCGGCCCCGUUGCUAAGGAAGCAUAUUAUGGUGGCGGCGGCGGCGCCCCCAGUUCGGUUCAUGCAAAUCCAGCAUACGGCGGCGGCCCCAGUUCGGUUCACGCAAAUCCAGCAUACGGCAGCGCCCCCAGUUCGAUUCGUGCAAAUCCAGCUUUCGGGGCCGGCGCCAGUUCAUUUCAUUCAAAUCCAGCCUACGGCGGUCGUGCCGACGUUGUUGCAGUACCAACGUACCGCUCUGGCAACGAUGCUGCCGUCCCCGUCGCUGUGGCCACCGCGACCCCAGAGGUGUGCGGCGAGGGUCCCCUCCCGUGGGACCCCGCUGGGUGCAGCACGGCCGGCAUGCGCGGCCACAGCGCAGAGGCUUUGCGCCAACACGACGACCGGCUGUGGAUCGAGGAGCUUCGCCGCGCCUCAGACGUUAGCAGCCGCGACAACCUUCGACUGCUGGAUGAGAUCAAGGUUGUGGGCGACAAGAUCGACAACCUUCCUCUCGAGGCGCUGUACGACAAGCUAAGGCACUCGAUGAAGUUGCUGCUCGAGUACCAGCAGAACCCCCGCUUCCGGACUGCCUAUGAGACCCUCCAGCAGGCCGAAGCUGCCGCGAGAGAGGUCUACACAAACGAAAAGUCGCUUGUGAUGAACCUGAGCGCGCUGCGCAUUCGGAUCGUCAUUACCUACCUCCACUGCCCGAAGCACAGCCAGGGGCUGGAACCCAGCAUGGACGACAAGGCUCUGGACAAAGAGCAGUGCCAGCUCUACAUCACCAACGCCCUCAAGCAAAGAACUCUUGAGACUCUGUGCCGGUCGUACCUCUCCUCGCGGGGCAGCGAGGACAGCAAGCUCCGCGAGAGGGUGGCCAAGGACGUCGUGUUGGCUUUCGACAUCGUCCUGGAGGUCCUGGCCAGCGUGUACAUGCUCGAGCCGUAUACUCCCUCGGAGGGCCCCCUGCCGAAAGACGUGCCUGACAUCGUCAUCCUCGCCCUGUCGGUGUACUGCCAAAGCGGGAUGGGCAAGUCGGCUCUCUACGCGGACCUCGCGCGGUCACUCAAAGCCUGGCAGGACACGCCUGAAAGAGACAGGAAGCAAGCCCUGCACGCCCUGUACUCGUCCACGAACGGGCCGAAGUGGGCGUGCAACGAGGGCUGGGACACCCUGCUCGAGACCCCGCUGUCGUCCCUGUACGGCGUUACCACGGAGGGUGGGAGAGUCACCAAGAUCUGCCUCGGGGCCAACGACUUGGACGGCCGACUCCCCCCAGAGCUGGGCAAGCUGCGUUUCUUGCAGGAGCUCUCUCUCCCCGGAAACAAGCUCUCCGGGAGAAUACCCAAAUCGUUGUGGGAGCUCCCUAGUCUGCGCGUGGUGGCUCUGCAGAAGAACGAGUUCCCUGCCACCCCGCCGGCGAAUUUCGCGCCCGCGCGACCUGUCCCCGUUUCAGUGCAGGGCGCGGCUGGUGGCGCGCCCCAGCCACCUCCACGGCGGCGUCGCUGCCUUGCGGGCAAGGUCGAGGCGUGUCAUUCCGCUCGCAUGGAGCUGUAUGACGGAGAGUGGUUCACGUGCUCGUGGAAGAUCCGCAACACCGGAGGGCUUGUUUUCCCCACAUACACCAGGCUUGCCAGGUCCAGCGACGAGUAUUCCGGCAUCGGAGGGACUGAGUUUGUCAUGGUCAACCCGCUCAGGCCUGGAGAGGAGCAGGUCGUCAGCGUCAUGCAGCAGGCGCCCAACCAUGAGACGUUUUGCAAGGACGAGUGGGCCCUUGUCGGCGAGCGCCUGGACUUCUGGGACGAGGACGACGCGAAGGCUCAGACGCCCAUCAUCACGGUCAUCAUGCGCAGCAGCGGCGCCGAGAAGAGCGCCGACAUGAACGCCAACCUGCCCACGCUUGCCAACACGGUGUUCGUGGCGGCCGGGCGGCAACAACGCUCUUCCAUCUACUCCUCCGGCUCCUCUCACCGCUAUUCCGUCAGUCUUGAGCCUCCUCCUCCGUACGCUGUCUCUUGAGACACCCGGGUGCGCGCGCCCUUGGUCGACCAGCGCGUAGGGGUCCCCGCCCCUAGCGAGGGGGAGUACGAGUACCGACGGGAGCUGCGGGACCGGCUUACGUUUUGUUCGAUGAGCGGAAGAGGCUCAUGAAAUGACAUUAAAACGGCCGUCUAGCCUCGGACAAGUUGGGGCCUGAGCUCUUGAUUGCAUUGUUCAUUAGCCCCCGAAAAAAUAAAAUGUCCACGCUAGAGAUAUCACCCGCUUACAUUGGACUUGUUGACGUCUCGUCAGUGAGUACCUGGUUGGUAUGUAAUUGACAUGUGGAAAAACGUUUUACACCUUGUACACGGAGAAGGCGGCGAUGUCAGCCGGAACAUCAACGCGCUUGUAACGGAGACGGUGUCUGCGUUUAGUUUUGCCAGGCGAACACGAAAGUUGCCGAGUUUUAGAUAGCACUAAAAGGGAUAGACGCGUAUGCUUGGCCCCUUUGGCUCCGUUGAAUGUAUGUAGGAUAUGUGAUUGUACUACAUGUGGCUGUUUAGUGUGUGGUAGCGUGCUUUGGCGGGCGUUCGCGAUGCCUCGCCACGGUGAGACACAGAGGCCUCGAAGUUCUCCGAUCGGCCUAUCGCGGCGUCAAUUUCUGCGUACAGAGGUGUCGUCGGAGUCGCAAAGAACGGUUGAACCGGAAACGCCACCCGCAGCAACGGCUUUGGUGGGGAGUGGCUCCUGAAGCGAGCCUCGAAGGCGCGGAUGGCGUUCACACUCACGAGGCGCUCCCCCUGGUCCAUGAACAUGGCACGUACCCUCCAGAGUUGUAGUGCUGUGGGGCUAUUUUUUACUAGUCAACAACUUGUAAGAAUUAUUUGUUCGAGUUUGUUCGAGGUUUUCUGGCUUGACUUUGCCGUCCAAAAGGCUGUAUAUUAUUUCGUUAUUUGUCCUUUUGUAUUGGCCUGUUGCCCGCUGCAUGGUCGCCGUUGGCCUGGCGAGUCUGUUGUAAGCGUUCCAUUGCAACGGCGCUGUGUAUAACUAUUUUUGAGCGAGCGUGGGACAGGGGCAACCGUAGUUCAUUUUUUUGGCACCGAGAGGGAUUUUCAAAAAUAUCACGGCGAUCGAGUUGACCUUAAGUUUGUUGGAUCCUGUAUGAACUCGGGUGCGAGGAGAGUUUUGCCCUGUUCUGCACAUUUUAUCCGUAGAUCGUGGAGCUCUUCAAAUUCACUUCGAAGCUCAGGCAUUAGAUCACUCGUUUGUUUUUUUUUGUAUCACAAUUUGCCCGGUAGCUUGCAUACAAAUUGGGUAACUUUUGUCACCAGAGGGAAGUUGGCUUGUUUGCCUUGAAGAACGAGUAGAAAAUACGAGGAUAGCGGUGAGCAGAGUUUUUUUGUCGAGACAAUGGCGAAACCUCCUGUCUCGCUAUGUUACAACGUUCUUGGCGUAAUCGUUUCGCCCGGCGUGCGUCUUGUGCCAAGUUCCAUUUAUUUUGGAGCGCGGACUUUCACGUGUUCUCCAUGAUACUAAGUAGGGCAGUGGUGCGGUGCGACGGAUGAAAUUCGCCUGGCGCGAGUGGUGCUUUUGCUUGGCGGUGCAGGUUGUGUGUCUUGUUCUGCAGAGGUGCUGCUGCUGCUGUGGCUCAGCGCCGUGGGGGUGGGGGGGGGUUUCAUGCAAAGUGGUGUGGUGUGAUGCGACGGUCAGCAGCAGGCGUAUGUUGGGCGUCACCCCGUACAAGUACAACUACAACAAUCACAUCAUAUCCGAGUGGGAUCCGAAAUCCGAUCCGAUCCGAAAGUGUGAUCCGAAAAUGUGUCCGUCGUUUUUCACCCCGUUGAGACGUGCAAGUCUACAGCCCACCUCCUCGACAGCGCUCGCGAUUUGGUUUGAUUGGUUCUG